GCAGCACCUAUUGAGGUCGCAUCCUGCCUUGAGAAACCUCUAGGAUUCAGGCAGAGGGGAAUUUGUUGGCGCCCACAGUUUAUUUUUGUUUUAUGGAUGUAUUUAUGGAAUUUUCACACCCCACCUUUCUCUCCCCAGGGCUCUGGGACACCUGCCUCCUUCUCCCCACCUCAAUUCCCCCACGACAACCUUGUGAGGUUAUGCAAGAGAUGUUUGACGACUCAGACCCCCGGCAUGAGCUCUGGGACACAGAAGAUGAAGAUGAUGAAGAGGAGGAGGAAGAGGAAGAAGAGGAGGAGGAGGGGGAGGAGGGAGAUAGUGACUCCAGCUCAGACGGCAGCAGCGAGGAUUCCCACGCCGAAGAAACCCAGGAGUUUGGGGAACAGGGUCAGGAUCCAGCCUCUUGCUUCCAGCCAAAAGAGCGCCACCCGGGAUCCCACCACUGCCGCCGACGCCUUUUCGCACCGUACGCCUUGCAGGAGCGGCGUUCGCCAGGGCUCAGGAGCAGCUGCAGGGUGGACCUCAAACCUUGGGGCAGAGAGACCCCGCCUUGGGAAACCCCCCUCUCCCACUGGGUGCAGGAUACAAGAGCCAUCUGCGUAACAAAUUGGCAUACACAACAGGCGUCCAGGUUCCGCUCCCGGACUCUGUCCCACCCUUCUUUCCAGUCGUUCUACACCGCUGUCUCCACCUGCAGCCGCUCCUCCCCAGCUGCAGCUGCGGAACAAGGCGCCUCGCCCUCGGAACUCGAACCCAGAGCCACGCCUCUCCACGCCGUGGACUGCAGCGGUUUCUUCUACACCGACCCAACGAUGCCACCAGGACAUCGGAUCUACAACUGUCUUUCUGUCUCCACCCAGGAAGUCCUCCGCAGCCUGUCGCUGGAGACCCCACCGCCCAUCAUGUCCGUCCGCCCAGCUUCCCCGCCUCGCAGGGCCGGCGCCCGCACCCAGUGGCUCUCUGAGCUGGAGUGCAAAGCGGUCUCCGCUCUCAUGGAGCUCCCGGACAGCACCAGCCAGGAUGAGUGCCAGCCCUCCCCCUGCUUGCCAGGAGAAAUGGAGGGGCUCAGGGAAAUGGAGACCUCAGAUAUUCUACCAUAGCGCUGCAACGAGGUGUCGUAGCGCUGCAGGUUCCACAAGGCAUUUAGGAAAGGGAGAUUCCUGCAUCUCCUCCCGUCUGUCUGGCCUGGCGCUGCUAAACCCCUCAAAUGGACAGUGAGUUCUUGGGGGGCACAGCCUGCCCCUCCUGACUCAGCCACCCCCAAGUGAAUUUUCUCUCUCUCUCUUUCAUAACAUUGCAGGAAAGGGUUUUGCGCUAGGAAAAAGCUCUUUUUGCGGGGGGCUGAAAUCGCACCCAGGAUCCUGGCGUGACGAUGUUUUCCUUUUUGUUUUUUGGUGGGGGGUAGGAGGAUAGUUUCAUUCCUCGGUCCGUCUUCUGGAAUCUGGCGCCUUCCAGCUGCUCUGCGCUACAACUCCCAACACCCCCCCCUCAUCCUGGAUAUGGGAGUUUUAGUCUAAGGCACCUGGUGGAGGCAGUUCUGGGCAGGCUGCCAUAAGGCUUUGUUUUUCCUUUUCCUUUCUGCAGCUAGGGAUCUGCUCGCCGAAAGACAUUUAGGCAGCAGCCACACGGGGCAGGGGAGCGAGGCCAAUGGUUAGAGCAGCCUGGCACCCUGUGGCUGCUUAAGGACUACAACUGUCGUCAGUUGGAGAAAUGAAGUUUCUUGGGCUUGCCCUCAAAGAAGGAUGCAGAGCAGCCUUGGCGCCCUCCAGCUGCUUUGAACUACAACUCCCACCAGCUGGGCGCUCUUGGGAGUUGUAGUUCAGAACAGCUGGAGAGCCCAGGUUUCAGGUGGGGCCGGUUACCCAACGUCAAAGGGGAAAAGGGGUCUGUUCUGGGUUUCUUCCUCCCUUGUUCAUUUGAAAAGAUUAGCAAACGACUCUUCUCGUUAUUUGCCCUCCUAGGACUCUAGAGGGGUGAAUGGGAAGAUUUCGGAUAUACUUGUUGAAAAGUUGUUCUGUGUUUUGAGGUUUUGCAUGUGUGUUCGUUCGGCGUUUGUCUUUGCCCAUUUAUAUGCAACUGAGAGAUGGUUGCCUUUCUUGGGGUGGGGAAUAAAGUGAAAUUGACCUGA